GUUUUUGGCUGGAUGGUUGGUCACACUGUAGGUCAACGCAAAAAUAUUUUUAUGCUCUUUUUUGUUUAAAACAAUUGGGCAGUAAACCGUAAAGAGUACACCAGCGCCUAAAACGGACGACGGCCGACAGCCUGCCUGGAUGGCAGAGAAACCAGUCGUCAUGGAGGCCACCGUGCCGGAGGUCAAGUAUCAGAAGCUGGCCACAGAAUACUCAAAGCUGCGUGCCAAGGCAACGGUGCUGAAGAGGGCGGUGGAGGAGCACGCAAAGGAGCAGACGAGGGAGGGCGGCCUCCGGGAGCAGGUGCAGCAGUAUGCCACAUCACUGCGCCGCAUGGAGCAGGAAGUGGACUCCCUGGGCUUCCGCAACAAGCAGCUAGAGUCGCGCGUGUCGCAGCUGCAACAAGAAAUCUCAAUCAACGAGCAGCGCCAGAAAAAGGAUGCGGGCGGUAGGCGGGGAUUGCUGGGUAGCGGCUCCCGGCACCCCGAAGCUCUCGGCGAUGCCCACGCAGAUGCAGCUAGCGAGGCAAAUGCCGCACAAGAGGCGCUCAUCUUCGAAGAGCUGCAGAAGAAAAUCAUGGAGAAUGCCCAACUGACGUCAUUGAUUGACGACAAGCAGCGAGACCUUGUGCUGCACACGGAACGAAUUGCGGCACUUGAACAGAAGCUAGAAAAGCGGAUAAGCGACCAGAACGAACUCGAGAAGCGGCUGCGAAAGGAGGUUGAAACGCUGCAGCACCGGAAUAGCGAGCUUGAAAGCAAGCUGGUGGAUGCAACCAGCAUGCUUGGCAGCGAGGACGCCCUUAGCGCCACAGGAAGCGAUAAUACUCCACUCCAUAAUCUCCAGCAGCAGCCGAACAGUGCACAACUUACCUCGGAUGAUCGGAUUGCUAUACUCGAAAAGGAGGCAGCUCACUGGCGGGCCCAGUUCGAGGUGGCCAAGCUGCAUCAGGCAUUUGUCUCGAACCCUAGCCAGGAUCUCAGCGUGUGCAGCUGCAGCACGGCGGCGGCGGGCGUAACUGUGCGGCCGGUGGAGCUCGAAACCAAGGGCAGCCACCGUGCGCGUGACUCCCUACAGGAGCCCCCCGAGCCGCCCUCGAAGGAACAGCUCAUCUAUAGUGUGUUCAGCAAGAAGUUUGAGGAUCUGCUGCGGCUCAAGGUGCAGGCGGAGUCGAAACUGCGCUCCUAUGAGUUGGAGGGACAGCACUUGCAGAACUGCCUGGAGAAUGCCACGCACGAACUGAAGGCCAAGGACGAACAGCUGGCCAGCCUGGGCGGAGCCCUGCAAAUGCUCGAAGAGGAGUUGACCACGACCCGUAUUAACUACGAGGAGCAGAUCAGCGUGCUCACGGAGCAGGUUAUCAGCCUGAGCGACCAACUGGCAGCCUGCAAAUGAGCGCGGAGUGGGGAGCGAGUCCCGCCCUGCUGCUUUACUGUAUAUUAUUGUAAAAUAACUAACCGGGAACGCCCGCCCCCGCCUGUUUUCUUGU